UGCGAUCGGCGCCCCGCAGAAUUUGUAAAAGCGCAGUUGGGGCCUACUACCCCGAGCGCAUCGGUCCGGAGCUGAAGGGGAAGCCUGGGACAAAGAUGCGCUUUUGUCUUCCGGUGUUGGCUGCCGCGGCCGUUUUGGGCUGCGUCAGUGAAGCGAAGAUCGUGGCUUGGAAUCUGCCGGAGCCCCGCCUGUCCCUCGUCAGCGGUAGACUCAGCGCUGCUCUGAACGGACCGAAGGCUAUGAAGCGCGUGACCUUCCUCAUGGCCGUAAACAGGCGAGUGACCUUCAGGAGCCCUCAGCACAAAGUCCGUCUUUUGUGUCAGCUAAAUGAGGACGGAGGCAAAAGCUGCUCGGGCACAGGAGGACCAACCGUGUCACCCGAUGACGUUAUCUACUAUGGCAUGAAAGUCAGACUCUCUCGCAGAAAGUCAACUCGUUUUAAGAAUAAAAAAUGGACGCCGCCUGUAACGACCACGACGACAACUACAGCGAAUGGAACGACCGAAUUGACGACCCUUCCCCCCGGUUGGGUGUCUUCCAUAACAAUGAGUUUUGGAAAGACUUACGACCUGCCUUAUCCUGGAGCUGGACGCGGGUUCGGUACCAUGGCCGUGGUAUCGAAUGGAUAAAAGAUAGCGAAUAUCUCCCUUAUUGGGGUAUAAUGGGGUAUAAUAGGUGUGGAGAGAUAUGAGGGGCAUUUCCCAGCAUUUUCACUUUUGAAGUUGGGUCUUGUGUUUUAUUAAAUUGGAUGUUUGGUUGA